AUGGACUUGGCUUCCUGCAUCGAGCUUAUCGAGAAGCCACUGGGAAUCUUCUCCAUCCUUGAAGAGGAGUGCAUGUUCCCCAAGGCCUCUGACACAACUUUCAAGAACAAGCUGCAUGAUCAGCAUCUGGGCAAGACCAAGGCAUUUGAGAAGCCAAAGCCUGGAAAGGGAAAGGCUGAGGCUCACUUCUCCCUGGUUCACUAUGCUGGUACAGUGGACUACAAUAUCACUGGCUGGCUGGACAAGAACAAGGACCCCCUGAAUGACUCAGUUAUUCAGCUCUACCAGAAAGCUUCAAACAAACUGCUGGCCUUCCUGUAUGCAUCCCAUGGAGCAGCCGAUGAAGCCGCUGCUGGGGGCAAGAAGGGUGGCAAGAAGAAGGGUGGUGCCUUCCAGACUGUGUCUGCUGUUUUCAGAGAGAACUUGGGCAAGCUGAUGAGCAACUUGAGGAGCACUCACCCUCAUUUUGUCCGUUGCCUGAUUCCUAAUGAAUCAAAGACACCUGGUCUCAUGGAGAACUUCUUGGUCAUCCACCAGCUGAGAUGUAACGGUGUGCUGGAAGGUAUCAGAAUCUGCAGAAAGGGCUUCCCCAGCAGAAUCAUCUAUGGUGACUUCAAGCAGAGAUACAAAGUAUUGAAUGCCAGUGUGAUCCCUGAGGGACAGUUCAUUGACAACAAGAAAGCUUCAGAGAAGCUGCUGGGAUCCAUUGAUGUGGACCACACUCAGUACAUGUUUGGACACACAAAGGUGUUCUUCAAAGCUGGUCUGCUGGGUCAGCUGGAGGAGAUGAGAGACGAGAAACUGUUUACGCUGGUGACCAUGACUCAGGCUCUCUGCAGAGGAUAUCUCAUGAGGAGAGAGUUCGUUAAGAUGAUGGAGAGGAGGGAAUCAAUCUUAACCAUCCAGUACAAUAUCCGUUCAUUCAUGAAUGUGAAAAACUGGCCAUGGCUGAAAGUGUACUUCAAGAUCAAGCCUCUUCUGAAGAGUGCUGAGACUGAGAAGGAGCUGCAACAGAUGAAGGAGAACUAUGAAAAGAUGAAAUCAGACCUGGCUGCUGCCCUGGCCAAGAAGAAGGAGCUGGAGGAGAAGAUGGUUUCCCUAGUGCAGGAAAAGAAUGACCUGCAACUCCAAGUGGCUUCAGUAAGUAGCAAACAAAGCAAAUGUGAUUCAAUCAUAUAUGCACUUUACAAAUUAAUCACUGUUACUCACAUUUUCAGAUAUCUAG